UACAGCGGCAUCUUCAGCUUGCUCAGCUUCGAGAAGAUUGGCUACACAGAGGUCCAGUUCCGGCCGUACCGCACGGACGACUUCAUCACGCGCCUGUACUACGAGACGCCCCGGUUCACCGUGCUGAACCAGACGUGGGUGCUGAAGGCGCGCGUCAACGACUCGGAGCGCAACCCCAACCUGUCCUGCAAGCGCACGCUCUCCUUCCAGCUGCUGCUCAAGAGCAAGGCCGCCGCCCCGCUCGAGUGCUCCUUCCUGCUGCUCAAGGGCCCCUACGACGACGUGCAGAUCAGCCCCGUCAUCUACCACUUCGUCUUCACCAACGAGAGCAACGAGACCGACUACGUGCCGCUGCCCAUCGUCGACUCCGUGGAGUGCAACAAGCUGCUGGCCGCCAAGAACAUCAACCUGCGGCUCUUCCUCUUCCAGAUCCAGAAGUAGGGCCCUGCCCGCCGCCCGCCGCAGACCCGGGAUGCCGCAUGUGUGUGCGAGCGCGUGAGCACACCCGCCGCCCGCCUCCCGCCCGGGCGGGGCUGGCCACGCAGAGGACACAGGCUCAGGGACACGCGCGGGCUGCCCGGCCUACUGGCCGCCAGCCCCGCGCUGCCCGCUCCAGGCCGCCCAGGCCCCGGGCCGGACUCAGGAGCCUUGCUGACUCAAGACGGCGUAUUUGAUUGCUAUUAAAAAGGCACCCUGUUUCCUACUCUGUCUUGUUGGAGGCGUGGCUGUGAUUGGACGGCGUGGAGCGUGGGUUGGGCUGGGGGGCACAGCCCACCCGCCCCGUCUCUGUCACUGCACCUGCACCCCCAGGAGAGACUCGGACGCCGCCUCUGGUCAUGGCCGGGAGGGGCAUCUCUGCAGCCCAGGGCGCCCCCCUCUCCCCCGGGGGACCUGCCCCAGCCACUCCCAGGGAGGCAGCCGUGGCCACGGGCCUGGCAGGUGUUUUCGGAAAGCAGGGUGAAUUUCUGUCUCUUACCAGGAGAAAAUCAGACUCGCGGGCUCUCCCGUAAGUCACGCAGACUUGGCAAAAGAAACUGUUCUGUCUGCAGCCAGAGCAGCGGCGUCCACAGGCCGAGGAGAGGCCG